UUUAAUUUUGAGGUGGCACUCCGUAUCAUGUGACAACAACCCAAAAUGUCGACUUCAUCAUUUCUAAGUAGGCUAGAUGAUCUCCAGCAACGGCUUAUGGCCGAAAACAGAUCUUUAGAAGAUGAUCGACGAAAUAGAAAUGCCGAGACAGGCUCUCCAAGUCCUAGGCGACCUCGAAUGCUCACAAGUAGUGCCAGUGAAGGAUGUUUGCCCAAUACAUCCACACGAUCCAGUUCUGCACCUUCAUCAGGAAGACGUCGACCAGGCAACAUCCAGUUUGAUGGAUUUGCUCGUUCACAGUCCAGAACACCACAUGACAGUGCAGAAAUAGAUCAGAAAAUUGAGGAAAUUAUGAAACAGUCAGGAAUAUUAACACUAAAUGGACAGAAAAUCCGUACAGAUGUUACAGAUAUGGAAUCCUUGGGAGAAUUGGGUCAUGGCACGUGCGGUCAGGUUGUGCGAAUGCGGCAUAAACCUUCAAGCUUGCUUAUGGCAGUCAAGCAAAUGCGUCGAUCAGGAAACCGUGAAGAAAACAAGAGAAUCAUCAUGGAUCUUGAUGUUGUCAUCAAAAGUCACGACUGUCCCUACAUUGUGCAGUGUGUUGGUACCUUCAUAACUAAGAGUGAAGUCUGGAUUUGCAUGGAGCUAAUGUCUACAUGCCUGGACAAGCUGCUGAAACGUACCUGCCAACCCAUACCUGAGAAAGUACUUGGGAAGAUGGCAGUGUCUAUUGUGAAAGCUCUCCAUUAUCUUAAAGAAAGACAUGGUGUCAUUCACAGAGAUGUGAAACCCUCCAACAUGCUACUUGAUGCUAAAGGAACGGUCAAAUUGUGUGACUUUGGCAUAAGUGGUCGUUUGGUGGACUCCAAAGCCAAGACACGCAGUGCUGGAUGUGCCGCUUAUAUGGCGCCAGAAAGAAUCGACCCACCUGAUCCAACCAGACCUGACUAUGACAUACGUGCUGAUGUGUGGAGCCUUGGGAUCUCACUGGUUGAGCUAGCCACAGGAGAGUUUCCAUACAAGAACUGCCGCACGGACUUUGAGGUGCUGACUAAGGUCUUGCAAGAAGACCCUCCCCAACUCUCACGAGAGUUUUCAGCAGACCUACGAUCAUUUGUGAAAGAUUGUUUAACAAAAGAUUACAAGAGGAGGCCUAAAUACAAGAGACUUUUGGAGCAUGGAUUCAUCCGGCGUUCAGAGGCAGAGCAGGUGGACAUGGCAGCGUGGUUUGCAGAUGUAUCAAGCCUCAUGGAGGUUUCACGCUUUACGUGACAACUUGUAACAUGCUUGGCAUUCCCAAGGCCAAGAGGUGGUAGAAUGGUAUGUUACAUGUUUCUCUCCUUCUGCUGUAUGCCUGGGACAUUUGCACAAAGCAAAGAGCUCAGGGUCCAAGAAUCACAACUCUCUACAAGCAGUAGACAACAGCAGAGCCCUUAUCUUGGAAACUGUUUUAGAAAGGUUCACUUGCAUGCAAAACUCGACAUUUGUAAAAUCAUCCCAUCUUUAUUUUUAUUGGGUUUUUCCACACACACACACACACACAAUAAAGAUGGAAGGCUAGAAAUUGUUGUGGUCACAGCAUAUGCCAAUUUUGAAGGUUUAUAUGUAAAAUUUUGUGAACAUGUGAUCUUCAUGGCCUUGAAACUUUUGUGGCUUACAAGUAUAUUAAUAUGCUCAGGAUUCAGCCGGACCCUACCACCAUAGUCUGUCAUGAAUUUGUAGGAGACUAAUUUAUUUGUAGUUUUUGAAUGACAUUUGGUGGGACAGUGGUUGAAUUUUAUGUGCCUGGAGCACACAGCAUGCUUUAUUUUGACAAUUUUAUUUAUUUAUUCAUCUUUAUUAACUGCUUUGUUUUUGAUAGAAAAAAUUCUUAAUGAUAAUAAAUUACAAUUCUGCUGGUUCCCACUAUGUUAUUUUGAAGAAAUAAAACCUGGCUUUGUUUUAAGAAAAAAAAAGGUUCAGUUAAGUCUAUACACUAGGAUUGAUUCGUUUUUCAAACACUGUCAUCUUUAGAUAUCAUUGGUUGUUUUUUAAUGCAUGCUGAUGUUUUUUGAGUUUUAGCUUUACAAAAGUGAAUGCAAUUGUAGUCAAGGUGGAAAAAAAUUAUGUGAGUUGUCUGACAGAUGAUACUUAAUGCAGAUUGCCAUUUUUGGAUGAAAGAGCUUGACCAUUAUGUACAGACAACACAUGAUUGCAUUUUGUUUUGCUCUGCAUGUUUGUGAGAGAGGAAUUUACACUAAAUGCUUGUGUGUGAAUGCAUAGUAUGUACAAACUUCUGUACAUCUUGUGGAAGGCAUUGGGAUACACUUUUUAAGUUUGGUAGAUAUUACAAAAAAUAACAUGAAACCAUGUCAAAAACUGUAAAAAGAAAAAUGUCAUGAUGCUUUACUAUCUCUGUUUUAUUCUCUCUCUUUGUUAUUGCUGUCAUUACCAUUCCUUUGAUUAGUUUCAUUUAUUCAUCCCUUGACUGGUACCAGUUGAUGAACAUUACUGGUCAUCAGAUGGAACAACUAGAUAGACAUAGCAGUUGACAAAGCUUGCCAGUUGGGCAAGUUUUCCUGGGCAGUGGUGAGCAUAUCCUGCAUGGAAUGACCACCCCUGUACAUCCACAAGCCAGUUCUCUUUUUCUUCACAUUUGAGAACAAGUGACAGGAGGCUAUUCUAGAUCACAUAUAGGGAGUGCAAAACCAAUGACUUUGUACAGAUUAGGGUCAUCAGAUUCUUAGGAAAGCAGAAACCACUUCUUGCCAUAGUCAAGUAGCUGAAGCUGAUCAGCAUGACACUAUUUUACACUUUUUCCCUGAUUCUCAAUAUCUGUAUGGCUGGCAAGAAGAUGGCACUAGAGGUUUGGAGCAGAUACAGUUGACAUGACGUGCUUUACAGCAUGUAGUUGUCUAGCAAAAAAACAGCAGAAGAAAUUCAUUGUCAGUGGAUGUGCCCAUCGUUUCACUGUUGGUUGUCCACAAAUACCUUCUUGUUUGUCUAUAAUAUUCUGUAGUCAUUCCUGCAAGCAUGGUUUGAAUUGUUAAUACUGAUGCUGUUCAAGUGUGUGCUUUACUGUCCAGCUUUGGGCUGUUACUGUUUCAGAUAUUUAUACACAACAUUUAUGUGACUUGUAAAUGGCUAUCAAAGGUCUUCAUGAUAACAAAUGUGAAUGAUAAAAAAAAAUUGAACUUGGACAAAAUGUAAGGUGUAUUGGAUCAAGCAAAGUAAGUUAACUUACUGACAGCAGUGCACAGAACAGACAGCUCUAGCCCAGGACAGUUGGAAGGAGUUUGAUCUCUAGGGUUAUUGGUUUGAGGAUGAUAAUGACAAUAACAAUGAUGUUGUCAAGAGGUGAGAAAGUGGCUUGUAGCAUUACAUCAUACUGACAAGUGGGAACCUUGAUGCAGAAUUAUUUUGGUUAUAUGUGAGUUUAUUCUUGUUGUGGAGUGAAGCAAUCACAUUGUGAAUAGGAUUUUGUUGAAGGAAGAACCAGAAAUGAGUGAUCCUAAAUUUGGAGAUGUAUGUUACAGGUAUAAUAUUCUUCUUACAUAAUUUGAGAAUCUUUAAAAUAAAAUCUUAUUCUAGUGAGUGGUGUGGUGGAGCUGAAAGGCAGGGUGGGGGAAUGAAUAUUGUGUGCAUGAUGUGUGAACAGGUGAAUACCUAGUAAGUAGUAUAUGUGUUCCAAUGAUUAGGGUAAGAGUAUUUUAGCCAGGUGGAUGUUGGGGACAUGGGUGCCUCUCUUCAGGCUUUUGUAUAAGAUUUCAAAGUAGCCAUAGACUAUUUUCACAUAAAUCUGUAUUUUAAAAAUCAUGUCAUGGGCAGGUUUAAAGCUGGACAGAAUGCAAACAUUUUCAUUUGAAGCAACAUGUACCCAUUUGGAGGAUGGCCUGCACAUCAGGGUUGACGAAGUGUUGUUUAAAAUAGUAACCUUAGGAGCAGUUCAGAACCACUCAAAUCUUCUCCACUGCUUCUGAAGUCAUAAAGUUUAUGUCCCAUUUUCAAAGACUCUUGAGACUAGCACAGACAAGAAGCAUUUUUAUUGAAGACUAAGCCUGAAAAUAUUUAAUUGUAUAAAGGAAUUAAAGGUUAAGACGUGUUCAAUACUGGAAAUAACCUUAACCAACACAGGAAAAACUUGAGGCCAAAAUCUCAGAAAAUUUAGAGUUGGCUUUAAAUAAUGUCAACAAGAACACAACAUAUUUUAAACAAAACUUAAACUUUGAUCUCAGGAGAAUUUUUUUUCAGAAAAUAAUUAUAAACUCCCAGGAUCAGUUUGGCUUUUUUUUUUUUUUUAAGUUCAUGUGAUAUUGAUUCUAUUUAUUUGACUUGCUCUUUUUCUUCUUAAAGUGUACAAAUGACUUUUUUUUUGCCUUGCAUGCUACUCAGUGUUUAAUGAAGCAUAUUUUCAUGCAUUGUAUUGACUUUACAGUGGUGCGUGCCGGUGCUGAAUGCUGUCUAAUCUGUUCUGGGAUAAUGACUGCCUUUCCCCCUUUUUUUUAAAAAGAGGUUUAUUUUCUGUUGUUAACAAGAAUUCAUGUGUUACUGAUUUUUGGAGGCUAUUUUUCAGGUCAUAUAUUUCUCAUCCUUUUCUAAUACCUAUUUAGCUUAUAUUUUACCUUUGUAUGUGCUUCCUUACAACCUUCUUUAAGGUGGUUUUUGACAUUUCAACACCGAUCCAUAUGAUAUAACUCUUGCCAUGAGUUUGCCUGUGAUGGUUGCAAAUUCAGACUCAAAUGUUGAAAAAUUGUUCUAAACCAAUAAAAGUAAGACACAACAUUGACAAAUUUUUGGCAGGGAGGGAUUGUCCCUGUGAUGAAUGUGCUUUCAGAACAGGUUUUUUAAUUUGCAGGAGAUGGUUGGGAACUAGUGGUUGAGGGUUUCAGGAGAGAGAGCAGGAAAUUUGACAAGAAUGUUUUUAAAAACAAAAUUUCAUGUUUUGUUUAGGACAACAUUUAGAACCACAAAGAUUUAGAAGCAGUCUCUUACCACUUUGCAUUUCUCAGCAUUGCUCCUACAGCCUAAAGCAUCAUCCUUGUGAUUGCAAAAUGUAUGGUAAAAAUAUUCUCCAAGAUGCAGUAAUAUCUUCAAAAAAAAAAUCAAAGGUUUUUCUUAUCAUUUUUUUAAACAAUAGAUUUGUUGUACUAUCUGCUUUGUCAUGCUUCCUUAGCGAAUCAGGUUUUCUGGUAAAGCUUUCACAUGAAAAUCUUUCCGUUGUUCUUUUGAACUGCUGGAAAGGAAGCGAAACUGCUUUGGUUAGAAUUAAUUAUGAAUAUGAUUAAGAGUAUGUUUCAGAAUUUUCUGAUAUUUGUCUUAGUGCACAAGGCUGUCAGCAGAAAAAGCUGGUCUGACAAUGUUGUCCUGACUCAUAGUAUGCUUAUGUACUUGUGUGUGUGUUUCUGUAGACAUGUGUGUGAGAGACCAAGAUGUGGGAGUGGAAGGAUAUGCAGGAACAAAUAAAAGUCAGUAUACUCGGCAGGAAUGACAUUAUCAUUAACUAAAUACUGCUUGAAAGUGUCAACAUUAGAGGAAAGGUAGUGCUCAGUUUUGACCACAUGUGCCAUUUAAGAAAAUUGUAAGUCUGUUUUAUAAUCCCUAUUUUAUAAAAUAGUAUUCGUUGGUUGGAAGCAGAUGAACUUUUAAGGUUUCAUUAUUAGCAGUUUAGCAUGCAGUCUCCCUGCUUAAUGAUUUCCUAAGAGUAUACAUAAGAAGGAAAAGAAAUCGGUGUUUAUUCCUAAAAACUCUUCACAUGUGCAUUAGAUACAUUCAGCAAUACAAUUAUUCAGCUUGUUUGGGAAAUUGUUAGACGAGUUCUUGCAGUGCUUCUCUGUCACAGUUGUUUCUAAUCUGGUGUGUGAAAAUGAAUUUAGAGAAAAUCUAUUAAAAGAAAUGAAGAGUGAAAGCAAGAUCAAUUGUUUAGUGCAAAUGGAUUUAUUUGUAUAAGCUCAUGAAUUAAAACAUUUUGGAGACAGAGAAAAUCUAUUCAAAGUUGAAUACUGAUAGCCAUUUCUUCUGUAGUGUGUGUGUGCUAUGUAAACUUUGGUUCAGUUUCUCUUCAUGAUGGUAUCUUUUCCAUUAUUAACAACUGUACAUUUGAAAAUAUAAAUGCACAUAAAAAUGUAAUAAAACAUCAACAUACGG